AUGGCGAGUCCAUGCAAAAAGCAGCAAUGCACUAUCGACAGGCGCGGCUUUCGGCAGGAACUUGACUCGUGGCGACACAAACUCAUUCACUGUGUAGGUUUUGAAAGCAUUCUCGAAGGUCUGUUUGAUCCAGAGCUGGUGGAAGACCUGAAAUUAUUUAAGGACUUGGAGCCCAUAGCAGUGUCUGAUUGGUCAUUUGAUGAAAAUUGUCUAUUCUGCUGUUUGAGACGAGACAAAGUAAAGGAACACCUAAUUGGCUUAAGCAACGAGGGUCUUGAAGAUACACCCAAACCUCUCCUGGUUAAAGAUCAGAUCACAAUCAGCAGACUAGAAAAACAAGCCGAGGAAUUUCUAAAUGCAGUCCUCUGCAGAAAAGAUGUGCCAAAUUUCUCGGACCCACACAUUCCAGUAGUGGCUCGAGAGAUCCUUCAGAGAAUGAUCCGACAGUUCGCUGCCGAAUAUACCUCAAAAACCAGCCCCCCUCAGGAGAGUGGCUCAGAUUCCCAGCCUCGCUCUGACCAAAGCCUGCCGAGUCCACCCUUGCUCUCAGGGGUUCCUCCUUCUACCAGCCCUGCUGCCACCCUGACUGGGCCUGCACACAACCAGAACCCCGUCCUCAGCAAGCUCCUCAUGGCCGACCAGGAUGCUCCUCUUGACCUCACCAUCAAGAGGCCUCCGGCUGUACCUACUGAGCAAGAUGGAGUUCUUGACUUAUCUAUCAAAAAGAAUCGCUACAGCAGCAGCAGCCUCACUGUCCGUAGUCCCUGCCUCUCUCCAGCCACAUCAACGCUGAAAGGGCGAUCCUUGAGAGCGGACGGGCAGGUCGGGCUGUUUAUGAGGAGCCUACAGGAUGGGAGGAGGAGGGAGAAUAUCGGCCACUCCACCCGCUAUAAGCCCUCCUCAUCUCUUGCAUACUCGCUGCACAUCAAAGAGGAGCCCGAUCUGGAAAGCGACCCAGAGUCACUUCUCAGCCACAGCUCAAGACCUACUGACCUAUUCAAACAUGGAUCUGCUUCAUGGAAUUCUAAAAGUCAUUUUGGGGCCCUCCUCAAACUCAAAACCAACAGUGAGGCUACUGAGCACCUUAAAGACAUACCAAGGUUGUUGGAAGCUGCUGGACUUUGGACAAAGUCACUUGCCUAUGAGAAAGGAAACCUCCAGGAGGCCUGCAGGGACCAGAGCCUCUCCCUGUCUCAUUCGUCAUCUUACGACCUCAAGAUUCCUCAGGUGCGAGUUUUGGCAACAGGAACAGACGCGUCUUGGGAUUCCCUGUCCUCAGUGUAUUCGGGAUCAGCUUGUGAGAACGGUCUGGGAAAGGCACUUCGUUCCAUUUUACCCAGGCAGAUUCCGAAAAAGAGCAGUGGAGGUUUUAGUAGCUCAGUUUCAGAGAAGGAAUACUGGCCUUACGACGCUGACCGCAAAGCCUUAGGGGGAAGCUAUCUGGAGUCAGAGUCAGACCUGAGCAACAAGCAGCCAAGGAAGAAGCGCGGGCGAUAUCGACAGUACAACACCGACCUGCUUGAAGAAGCUAUUGAGGUGGUGAUGAGUGGGAAAAUGAGUGUGUCUAAAGCCCAAACGAUUUACGGCAUUCCUCACAGCACACUGGAAUACAAAGUCAAAGAGCGACUGGGGACCUUGAAACAUCCCCCCAAAAAGAAACUGAAGCUGCUAAAGUUGGAGGAACAGGGUGUUUCACAGCCCCCCGAAGUGAAAGACCUCAACAACUCCCUGCUCAUUGUUUCUGAGAAAAGAGAGAGUGCAUCUGACGAGAACGGAAAUGAUUUCCAUGAAGGAAGUCUCUCAUCUAAUGAGUGAUAUUACCGCAAAGUACUAAUAAUGAUGUACUUUAACCAGACAAAUGUUGCAUUUGCCAGACAGUGGUAGUAGCUGAUUUGUUUUUUCAUGAAACCUCAAUGGUUGACAUGAAUCCAAAAUAUUAAUGAUUAACUUACUUAUGUGAUCCCUCACUUUUGGUCAGUAAUGUGGUUGUAAUGUGUUAAGGUCAUUUAACUUAAACACUAAAGUGUCCCUCUGCCCUACAUAUUGUGUCUGAAAGGCAUACUUGAUUUUUAAGAAUUCUAAUAUACUCCAGUAUAUUGUCAAUUAAUUUCAGUGCAUUUUUUAAGCUUAAGUUUUGAAAAUAACCCUGGCUCUAAAACUAUAUUCCUUAUGUGCUGAGCCAAAGUGAAUCAUGUCCAAGGAAGUGGCGCCCCUCUGUGUCUUCUCUCAGUACUGUUCAGAGCACUUAGUCACAUGUCCAAAAUGAAUACACUAAGUACACACUAAGUGGGCCCUCAAGGAUAACUUUGAAGGUCUCUGUCACUGUUUUGCAAAUGCACUUCUGUGACUGAAAUUAACACUGGAGAUUAAAGAAAAGAAACACUGAUAUAUUCAAAAUAUAUAUUAAUUCCAAACACUAUAUCCAAGAUAUUUAUUUAUUAUUAUAGUCUGUUGGAAUAGCAUUGUGUGUUGUCCAGAAUGUUUUUUACACUUCUUUUUUCCCUGUGUUUUGCUGUCCCAUAAGAUGCUUUGUUUUUGUCAUUGCCUUCACUGCUCUCAAGAUCAGUUCACAUAGAGAUGCAGUACUUGUCAGUCAUAGACAAGGUCUCUAGCAGAUUAACAGAUCACUGUACUACACACAGAAAAAUACCUCAGCCUAAGAUAUGCUUAACUGAACCAUUGCCUCAUAUAAGUCACCUCUUUUGGGGAAGAAUAACAUGCUCCGAUUCCACUUUUGAGGUAACAUUUCAGGAUGUCUAACUGACAAGUAUGUGUGUCCUAUACUCUCAGAUGUCUUCACAACCUACCUUAAUUAGUUUUCUGUAGUAUUUCAGUGCCAGUGUAAACCUUCAGGGCAUUUCAGUUAAAUGUGAUUCAGGGCUUGUCUUUAAAGAUUUCAGGUGUUAUCUCUGGGAAUGUCUUUCUCUUAGUCAGGAGAAGGGCAGAUUUUUUCUUUUUCUUUUGAUCAUCAAAACAAUGCAUAUUUCUAUACAUAUUUAGGAUGUAUUAUCCAUAUUAUACAUAUACUGUACAUACAUACACAUCUUGCCUGCCCAUGGCACAUGAUAAAGAAAUGUCUCUUCAGGUUUAUUGAACACACUGCCUGAUUUUAUGUGGAUAGUGUUCAGUUAUCGUGACCUAAUUAUUCAGUCACAACAAACUCUUGGUAUCAUAACUCUUAACUCUCUAAGAUACAUUCAGGUAUAUUUCAAUGUGUUUCAGGUAGAUUUGAAAAUAACAUCAGUCCUGUGUUCACGUGAGUCUAAAUAAAAUCUAGGAGCAGUAUUUUCAUCUAUUAAAGCUUCUAGCUCAUCAAGUUAUUAAUUAAACAGAACUUUUAUCAAGCAAUAUUAACAGCUGGAGCCUAAUGUACCGACUAACAGUGCUAGCUUGCUAAUGUUUAUUAGCUAGCCAAGUUAGCUACUGUUACAAUCAUGCCUCAAUCCACAUCCACCUAUUUCAGAAGUUACUAAGGCAAAAAUUCAAUGAAAAGAAAAUUUCUCAUCCCUGCGGAAAGGAAAAGUUAUAAUUCAUACUUUGGCUCUCUCGUUCAUACUUAAAUUGAAUAUCAAAAAAAUCCUCAGGCUGCACUGCAUUUGACUCGCUUUGAUUUGAUUGACUUCUUAAUGAUUCUCAUUACCAAGUAAGGACGAGCCUAAACUUAUGUGCAGGGCACUGCCGCAUCCACAGCAAUGCUU